AAACCAUCAGUGUUGCUUCUACUUUGUGACGGAAUACACGUUCAAACGCUCGCCGUCCGUCUACCCCGGCCGUGUGCCCUAGUCACUUACUACUUCCAUGGCUCGCCAGUGAGAGUGAGAGCUCGACCUAACGUAAAGCCAUUCCACACAUGUUAUUUAAGGUGCAAUAGGAGGAGAAGGUUCUCCUGAUGGUGAAGUUGAAAGUAUAUAUGAAUAUAUGAAGAGAAUUGAAAGGACACGACAAACAUCUUGUUGGAUCUUAGGGUUUGAAUGCGCAGACUCUUCUUCUUCUUCCUUCACAUUCGGAGGUUGUGCUUGGGUGAGGGGUGAGGAUGUCUGUAGGGUCGCCCACGCCGUCGCUUGAGUCUCUGUCUGGGACUCCUCUAGGUUCCCUCAUAGACUCGGAUCCUCCACGCUCUCUAGAGAACUCUCCACCAGCAUCCACCACAGGUUCCAUUGUAGGACGGAGUUCUCCAGUUGCUACAGUUUGUGGAAUAUGUAAUGAUACGUAUGUUCUACCACGUGUGUUGUCCUGCUUACACGUCUUUUGUUUGGGGUGCUUAGAGAAAGUUUGUGAUGGUGGAGAACGAUUGGUGUGCCCUCAGUGUCAGGCAGUGACAACGGCUCCUCCGCCAUUGCUCUUACCAGAUUAUGCUCUACAUCGUUUACUAGAAACGCCUGUGGAUGAACCAGCGUCUUGUACUGCUUGCAAGAGCCGGGACGUUGCUGCUGUUGCUCGUUGUCUGGAUUGUGCCAAGCUUCUUUGUCCACACUGUGUCAUGGCUCAUCAAUAUAUGCAUUGCUUUGAGGGCCACAGGGUAGUUACCUUGGCUGAACUGGCCCAAAGAGAUGAGCGACCAGUCACUUGCUUAACCCACAAGGGGGAAACUUUAAAAUAUUUUUGUGUCACAUGUAGUUCUCCAGUUUGUAUUGAGUGUACAGUCUUAGACCAUCCAAAAGGUUUGCAUGAAUUGGAAACCUUGAAUGAUGCUGCACCCCGCCAUCUAGAUCAAAUCUGCCAUGCCAUGGAAGAUGGUCGUUCCCGAGCUGCUGAUCUCCGCAGCUGUGUUAAGUCAGUUGAAGGUUCAUCAUCACGUCUUCAGCAGCAGUAUGAAAAAGCCCAAUCUGAAAUUCAUGACACAUUUACAUUCUACACAACAAUGGUAGAAGAGCGCAAGACAGAGCUAUUGCGGGAACUGGAUUCUCUUUAUCAUGCCAAACAAGUUUCCCUCUCGGUAUUUGCUCAAAAGGCUCAGGAGAGUGUUGAUAAAUUGUUAUCUAUUUGUGAGUUUAUCGAUAAAUUAAGGAAAUACGCUAACACCACUGAAGUACUUAUGUUUCGCAAACUUAUUGAAGGGAAGCUUUCUGAGCAAAUGGGAAAAAAUUUUGACUUGGGAAUGCAGAAUGUCAGUGAUCUUGAAUUUGUAAGUAAUUUUCCUGCCAUUCAAGUUGGUGUAAGGAAUACAUUUGGAUAUAUUCGAUCUGCUUCAGAUAUACAAGUUGGACCUACAAAAUUACCUCCAAUUGCAAGACCUAAUUCUUCCAAUUCAGUAAGUAGUAUGAACAGUAUCAACAGUUGCCUGAAUGGACUUUCAGGACUAAAUUUAGCUAAUGGCUUAAAUGGAAGUUUGAGCAAUGGCCAACCAAUGACUAAUGGCCAAAGUUUGUCAAAUGGCCAACUGAGCAAUAGCCAGCUUUCUAAUGGUGUUUCUACAAGCUUAGCCAACAGCUUGGGAACAAGUUUGUCCCAUAAUCUGAGCAAUGGACUAGUUAAUGGAUUAACAAAUGGCUUGACCAACGGCCUCUCAAGUGGGCUUAACACUAGUGUCAGUGGUAAUUUGAAUGGAAUCCUUGAACGUCCAUACAACAACAGUCAGUUGUCAUCACUCUUAUCUAAGAGGUUUAGCUCGUCCCAGAAUAUGGGACCAUUCUCCACCAGUUUGGGAGAUCUGAAUUUGAAUGGUUUAUCAUCAUAUGAGAAAUGGAGCUGUGGAGGGGGGGAAGGUGUAUUUAAUCAAGAACCUGUGAAUGGAGUUAGUGCUCCAGAUCCAGUUCUGCAUGAUUUGUCCCACAAACUGCUAUCAUGCUCUAUUUUUCCUCCCCGUUCUCAAAUAAAACGACAGAAGAUGAUUUACCACUGCAAGUUUGGUGAGUUUGGGGUGUUAGAAGGUCAGUUUACAGAACCCAGUGGGGUGGCAGUCAAUGCUCAGAAUGACAUUAUUGUAGCAGACACCAACAACCAUAGAAUUCAGAUAUUUGACAAGGAAGGACGUUUUAAAUUCCAGUUUGGGGAAUGUGGAAAACGAGAUGGCCAGCUACUGUACCCCAAUAGAGUUGCGGUUGUACGAACAAGUGGUGACAUUAUUGUAACAGAGCGUUCUCCUACACAUCAGAUUCAGAUCUACAACCAGUAUGGACAGUUUGUUAGGAAAUUUGGCGCCAAUACACUUUGCUACCCAAGAGGGGUAACAGUUGAUCACAAAGGUCGAAUAAUUGUAGUUGAAUGCAAAGUGAUGAGGGUUAUCAUAUUUGAUCAGUUUGGCACUGUUCUUCAUCAGUUCAAUUGCCCCAACCAUCUGGAGUUCCCUAAUGGAGUUGUUGUUAAUGACAAGCAAGAAAUAUUCAUAUCAGACAACAGGGCCCAUUGUGUUAAGGUUUUCAAUUACGAGGGUCAGUAUCUGCGACAAAUAGGAGGUGAAGGAAUAACAAAUUAUCCCAUUGGUGUUGGGAUUAACAGCCAAGGAGAAGUUCUGAUUGCUGACAACCAUAAUAAUUUUAACUUAACACUAUUCACGCAAGAUGGUCAGCUUGUGUCUGCAUACGAGUCCAAAGUCAAGCAUGCCCAGUGCUUUGAUGUUGCAUUGAUGGAUGAUGGCUCAGUAGUGUUGGCCUCCAAGGAUUACCGACUGUAUGUGUACCGCUACCUGCAGGUCCCUCCCCCACAUAUGUGAGACGGGUGAUGACGUAUUUUGCCUACAGUUUCAGUGGUGCAUUUUCCAAUUAGGUUGUAAUAAUAUUAAAAAAGUUGAAAGACAAUGUCAGAGCCAACACUUAAAUUAUCAGUGAAGGCAUGGUUAUACAUUGUUUGGCAUGUUAAAAUGAGUGUGAUACACGCACACAUACACCCAUACACAGUGACAGGACACUUAACCUCAUAUACUGAUGACCUCACCACUCACCCACAAGUGAUCAGUGGCCAGGCAAGUAACAGUGAGACCACUAGUGCUCAUUUUGUGGGUGGGAGGCCAGGUAGCCGUGUUGUCUCUGUUCCUUCAUAUAGUCUAUUUUUAAUACGGUGGUUGCAGUUGUUUGUACUCUCAGGGGCAGAUGCCAGGCCCAUGUCUGCCCCCCUAGUCAAAAUGUGUGGCUGAUGCCUGCCUGCCUGCCUGCCUUCUUUGUGUAGGCUUAGAGGUCAGUUACCAGUGUACUUGGGUAUCAGCAGUUACCAUUAAAUGGGCUUAGAUACCUGUUAAUACAAGUCACUUCUACAUUUACUCGCAUUUUAUGUUGAAGUAGGUUUUCUAUUUUAUAUAUAUGAAUUUUUUUUCAACUGCCAAUAGUCAUGUACAUAACUUAUUCAGUGGACUUUAAGAGUUUAUUUCAAAAUUUUCUAUUUGUUGCAUCUACUGUCAUAGUUGUGCCAUUAAGGAUUUAAGUUUUGUUUUUGGAUAACCUGCUCAUGGUAUUUUGUUUUUGGUUUUGUUCAAGUUUCUUUUAUUUUCAUAUUUAUGUGCAGUAAUUUAUUGAGGUUAUAAUAAAGUUAUGGGAGUGGAGUGCCACCAAACAAAAAUUGAAGGUCUGAUGGCACUACUCUACCCUCCCCCCCCCUCUCUGUAGUGGUAGCAUCUCUCGGGUGUGGCACCAUGUACUUUAGCCACAGCUGGAAAGAAGAAAAACUCACCCAUUAUUGUUCUACUGCAUUUGUUAGUUAUAAGGAAUUGUGCAUGAGAGCUACAGGCAAGUAGUGCAUGAAAGGGUAGGCUGUUAUGGUUCUUGGUAAAAGCAAGAUUACUGUAGCCUGACAUACCAGCCAAUUACCCUGAUGAUGAUGAUGAUCCUAGCAUUAACAACUAUGUUGGCUGGGAAGUAGUUAGAUUCUCAGUCGAUAGAUAAGUGGGCCGGUUGGCCAGUCCCUUGGCUCUGUGGGAGCCAACAGUUUUAUAUAAGUUUUUGGGAUGUCUGUCUUUUGUUUUUAAAGAGAAAAUGUUUUAGUUUAUUUUAUGAAAAGUAUGGAAAUUGUUUCCUUUUUUACAAGUAUUCCGUUUAUCAGAAUGGAUACAUUGAUUGUUUUAUGAGUCAAUAGUAUUGACAAGUUACAUGUUGAGCCAUCCAAAAGUUUGCUACUCACUUGUUAUACCUUUUUCACAAUGUUUGCUGAGGAAUAUAUAUCAAAAUUAGUUACUGGUGUUUCUAGAGAUGUUUAACUUGCCCAGAUUUGCUUUUAUUAAUUAAACCCAAGUAUGACAAUCAAAGUCAGAGGAAGUCAUUGCCUGAAAUAUUUAUCUUUGUACUUGCAUAACUAAAAUUUUUGUGAAACAGCACUUUAAGAAAAACUGGGGGCCAAACUAAAUUACAGGUGAUACUAUAACUUUGGUGAUGUUUUCUACAGUGACAGUUGAACUUUAAAUUAAAUGCAUACUGUCUUAAACUCUUGAAACACAUGUAGAACAGAAAUCAAAUUCUGUCCUUAUAGUAACGGAAGCACUACAACCACACUGCAGGUAAUAUUCCAACCACAUCUUGGUCAUGUCAUUCAGGCUUGGCUUAGGGUUUCCUGCAUAUCUUUGUGGUUUCAACCGGAUUAAUAUGCCCUUAUUGCCCUUACCUGUUGAUAUAUAUAUAUCUAUCUAGACUAGCUCACUAUGUUAGGUAGAAAUUGAGUACCAUUGUUGUAAUCACUAUACCCUAUCUUGCCUUUUUUGUAUCUGCUUCAAGUAGUGUAAUACAAAGCUCAACCUGUUGUAACCCUGCCUCCUAGGAUGGCUAAUGUUAACUAAACCAACUUGUGACCUUUCCCUGAGAGAUCAUCAUCAUGCCUUACCAGUGUUUUGCAGUGUUUUAGUCCUUAAGGUCGUGACUGUGUUGUGAUUGUGCCACACUCACACACCUCGUUUUUUGUGUGGAAUUGGAGGAGGAAACUCUUGUCUCCUCCUCCUUCUUCUACUUCUUCAAAAUAGAAAGGUUGCAAAAUCUCAGCACAAAGUCAGAUUGUUUUUCUUAAUGUUACAGCUGUAACAACUACAGGGCACAAUUGAAUUUGGUAUUGGUGAAUUUCUGCUAUCAGAAACAGGUCUAAUUGUGUGUAGAUUGAAUUGUAAAUGCAGAAUCACAUUUUGUUAAGUGCUACAUUGAAACGGUUGUUAGUUUUCAGUGUUCAGAAUUUGGCCAUAGGAGUUGUGCCAAGCUGGGUAAACUGUAAGCUUGUUUAACUGUUAAAAACUGUUUAUUAUUCAUUCACUGGAGUUAGAAUUUUUGUAAUGUACUAGCCAUUUACUCAUGAAAGUUAAAAAAGAAAGGUUUCCUGUGAAGUCGUGGGAAUUUGUUGUUUUUUGUCACUUGCAGGAAGCAGUUUUUUUUUCUUUGUACCUGGUUGUUAUCCAAUGUCUGGCAUAUAGACGUGGGUUGUUAGUGAAAGUGCCGGCUUGUACUUAAUAGUUUCUUUUAAAUUUUAAUGGCAUAAUAGAGGUGUUAUAACAGCACAUACACGGCCUUUGUGGUAAUGCUUGCUUUCCCAAUACAGUGAAAGAUGGAUCAACGUAUAAUGUUUGGAAUUGCGUCAACAAGUUUGUUGCCAGUUAGUUAACUGUAUUAGGUAGCACACAAGCAUUAAAUGUUACCUUCAAAUUUCUUGUAGCCAGUCACUGUGUUGCAAGGGAGCACUGAAUGGCUUGGACAAUACAUAUCUUUUGUUGAUACUACUGUGUAGACACUAGUGGAGCUGUCUGGUCCCUCCAGCUGCCUGGUUUCUCUUGCAGUGGAGUUCUCCUGUCUGCGAGAACCCUCCAGGAGCUUCUUGGGUCCCUCAGUAGACUAGUCAAGGCCCGGCUGGCCAGCCAGUCUGCCUGGGUCUGCCGGGCCUAGUCUUGGUGGCAUAAGGCAUCAAUGGUGCGGGGCUAGUAGCUGCCCUCUGCACCCCUUCAACUUUUAACAGCUCCUGGUGACAUGCCCUAUAGCCACCCCCCCUUGUUUGGAGGCUGUGACAUUAAAAGUAGUGAGCUUAGAUGCAGUCCCAGGAAAGGUCAGGUCAGAGGGGUGUAUAUUGGGUAGUUGCAUGCCACUUAUAGUUAGUGCUCGCUGUGCUGUGUAGAUCAACAACCCAUAAGUUAAGGCGGACUUAGUGUAGUACUGAGGGGGCUUCCCCUUCGUCUUUCACUCUCGGACUGUCCCUUAGGUUCAGAUGAAAUGGCAUAACCCUCCUGGCAGACGCACAAAAGUUACCUGUCAAAUUGCCCUCAUGGUCUUUGUUGAUAUUUGCAGCCAACAUUCCAGUUGUUGACUCUUGAAAUGUUUAUCCUUCCUUGGUGCCACAAACUAUGCCUAGAGCUACAUUUCAUCUGUGACCAAUUUUAAUCACAUUACACCAGUGAUAUUUGGGACACUACAACAUAGUUUGAUCAUUUCUUCACCACUUCCAUUGGCCUUUCUGAAGCAUGACUUCGUUCGUAUCUACUUAAAAAAAGGAGUUCCAAAGUCUAUUUUUUCACCUUUCUACAGUCCAAAAGAAUGUGUAGUUGUGGGCGGGCGGUGGGUUGGUGAGCCCGCAGGCCCAGACGGAGGGGGUAGGGCGGCCACCAGUAUUAUGCCUUGCACCGUCUUGACCCGCCCUGCGCCCCUCUGCUUUUCUACUAACGUUAAGAGUAUCAUACCCAGUUCUCUGCUGUUGACACGUUAACUACUUACCAGAGAUGAAACAUUCCACUAUUUUUGCUGUUUUUUCUAUCUGUUUGUAUCAUGUUACUUUUGUAGUAGCGCUGCUUGUAGAUUGGGCCACAGGCUGGUCUUGGGUUUUAUGCUGUUGCCUCUUAGCUUUCCUCAUGACCAGUCUUUGUGCCCACCAGAUGUGUGUUGCUAUUUUUGCUAUAUGAACCUCUUUUGUUCACAAAGCAGUAGUUAAUCAUUAUUGUGCCUAGUCCAAAGCAUCAGGAAAAAAAAAGUCAUGACCAGAACCCAGAGACAGGAUGAGCAAGUUUCCGCUUCCUAGUAUUGAGCCUCGAGAAAUCAAAAUGUGUACUUAAGUGAGCCUAUUUGGCAAAGGAUGUGUUGGUCUGUUGAAUUUUAAAAGGAGAAAAACAAAAUACAAGAAAAAAUAACUAGGAAGCCUCCUUUGCUCAUCUUGACUCUGCCGCCCCCAACAAGGCUAGGGCGGUGCCAGUAACUACUCUGUGUACAGUGUUUACGGCAGCUUUUGUAGAGAUCUGUGUUUGUAACCAUGUUGAUAUUGUUUAAGGUCCAAGUGUGUCAAUUACAGUCAUACAUAACUCAUGUUACCCACUUAAAUGGUCCCGUAGUAUGCAAAUGCAUUAUAUAUUCAUAUACUAUGUCUUACACAAGAAAAUGCCAUGUCUGUCAGUUGUUCAAAAAGUUUCAGUUUAUUUUGAUAUAUGAGAGCUGUUACAGAAUCAAUCUUGGACUUGUUUUAAACCUCUUGUUAUUAACCCUGAUAUUGUAAAAAGUAAGGUGGGCCACGGGGUGUGUUGACUGACCCAGUAGUGACAGCAGCACAGCAGGGUCAUUGCCCCCUUUGCAGUAGUUCAUCCUGGCACCAUAAGUUGAGUUUUUUGUUAUUUUAUUAAACAUUGGUUCCAAUAAACGCUACUUGGUAUAGACUGUCCUCCCCGCAACACACCCUAAGUGCUCCCAGACCAAGCAUUAAGUGCUUGGAGUUGUUGGUCUUCCAAGAUGUAGGCUGGGGAACAGUGAAGCACCAGCUGCCAUAAGCGAGGACAGACACACGUCCCCCUGGCCCACCUUCAUUGUUGAUGUGUUAAGCACCUUUGCUGCAGGACUAUUUGGUGAUGCGUUGAGGCACUGUCUGAAACACCCAAGUUAUGCUCCCCCCCCCAACCUCUUUAUCUUUCUUCACCUUUGGGGUUGUUAACCAUCCCAGAGGAAGACUAUCUUCCUAUGCCUUUCAUAACCCUUCACACUUCAGCAACUAGUUCUAAUAUCCGUUUGUAAUGAGACUAAAUUGUCCAUUGAGACAUUUGUUAAAAUUGUAAAAACAUUGUGCAUUUUGUUUUGAUAUAUCCCAUACAAUAUUUAUUAUUUAUUUUAUCGAUAAUUCAUUCCAAGGUUAAUGAAACCUUCCCACCACCCUUUAGUUGUUGGUAACCCUGACCUUAAAGCGCCAACAUGUUUUGCGCUUUUAUACUAUAUAUAUACAUAUAUACAUAUUGAGUGAUCCAAAACAUAAUUAUAAUUUCUUCAAUUAACCUGCUGGCGCAUGUGUUGGUUAUUAUUUUUAAUUCUACUUGCCAUCAAAGCAGGCUGGUGAAGGGACCAUUCCAAACUAAUCGAUAGUGCUGUCUCUUAUAUCCUUACCAAGAGUUACUGGUGAGAGUUAGGCCAGUGUGUUACGGAAUCUAAGUAUAGAAUCUCUAUGGUCAACAAACAUGGCAUACACAAAGUAGGGAGUGUACAAAUUUUAAGUGUUUAUUUUUCUAAAUUUCUUAAGUCUUAUAGGGUAUAUUCACAUUUUUGCAAUUUGUAUAUUUUUUAGGUAUUAUGGUUAUGUAUGUACACUUUGGUCACCUUCACUUUACUUUUAGUUUUUUACCAAAGAUAUAAGUAAAUCAAGUGUCUCAAUAGUUGAUCUGAAGACAGGUAGAGAGUUACAUAGAUGGAAGCUGAUAUAGUUAGAAGGAUGGGUUCCUGUCUUUUUACUGAAGUACUGUAGGGUGAUGUAGGUGCAGGAUUUGUAUGAAAACAGGCUUCAUUACUACAGUUCAGGUUAUUUGAAGUGGUUGCUGUCCUUGCAUACUGCAUAUACAGUGAAGCAUUUCAAAAUGUUAGUCAUUUGUACUUGCAGUCAUUGUGUCCUCUUUUGGUCACUAGUUUCAAAUUAAAGUUGUUUUACUGUUACACAGAUGUUUUUAUAAGGCUAUACUAAGCAAAUUUUGAUAGAAUUUUUUAGCAAGUGCAAAUUGCUAUUGUUUUUAAUUUUUAUUUUCUUUUGAAAGGAUAUCGUUGAGAAAUGAAUACUCUUAAUUUUUUCAUUUAUGGCAGGAAAACUAAAUCAACUUCCAUAUGUAAUUCCCCAUGUUUAUUGUAUACAAUUUUGUUGUAGUUUAUUUACCGGAAUGGCCCCAUACUUUUAUCAUUUCAUUGAAUUUCAUCACAUAUCCUAAUCAUACUCUGAGGAUACUUUUAUUUAAUUUUUCCUUUUUGUUUUUGUUUUAGAUUCUUACUAUUGCCUUCACAAAGAAAUAUUUAGAAAUAUUUUAUCGUCUUUCAUGGCGCAAGUUUUGUUGAAUGCUGUAAUGGCUAACCUAGAGAAUUUCAAUAAAGUAUUUUGUUUGACUGUAAAAA